UUUACGAAAGAUUUUUUUUUUUAAGUCACAGAAUCUGGCACAUUAAUAUAUACCUAAACCGUCCGUUUGGUCCUAUAACGAGCGCCUUUUUUCCUCCAAUUAGCCUGUUACCGGAAAUCAAGGGGUGUAGAUUGUUUCGGGCUCAAAACAUGACACCACGCCUCUUAUCUAACUUCCGGUUUAAUAUAAAUUAUAGCUAAAAAUAAAAAUAAAACCACUGAUUGUAGCCACUGAGCGGCGCUAUAGUUAUAUUUUUAUUCAGAGUUCACUCUGAAAAGCAAAUAAAGACCAUGAAGCCGGUCCGGUGACGUCAUUGCCAUGGCAACAGCAUGUUGACCUAAACUGAGUGACCGCAAGAAACUUCCCAAAUCUGUGCAAAAUCUCCACAUGUGCGUAAAAAUGGAAAUGAGGAGCCCGGUUCUGAGAGGAGCGAGUGACUGCUUUACGUUUUCCUCCUCCAUUCCCACCAAAUACCAAACUGUGAUCAUCAGUAAUGUGGAGAGGAAAGGCUUCAGCUCCCAAGCCAAGCGCUUCACACACUCCGUGAAUGAGAAUCCCGGUCCAGGCUCGUAUUUGUCUCAGACGUCCGCCGUCACCUGUAGUCCAUCCUUCUCCAGGAAAGGAACCGGAGGCUUUGCUUCAAAGGCUCUCAGAGUGAACGGGAAACCGCAGAGAGGAUCUCCGGGCCCCAACACCUACAACCUGCAGAGCUCACUGCUCCGGCAGCACGACUUCAACAGGGACGUCUCCAGAACCUUCCACCUGCCCAUCGCCGUUCAAACGCCAAACACACCCCAGAAAUCACCAGCACCAAACCAGUACAAUGUGUGUUACAGUGGAGUGGAGGUGAACUCAGUCGUGUCAGCUCAGUCUGCUUUUCUCUCUAAAACCAGGCGCAGUCAUGUUUAUCCAGCGAGAGGCCCGUCUCCAUGUCAUUACAGUGUGAAGGACACAGUGAUCCAGAAAACCCCUAGAGCACCCUCAUCCUGCUUCAAAUCCACUUCUGCCAGGAUACAGACUCUGGUGAAGAGUGAAGGCCCGGGACCAGGAUCCUACAGUCCUUAUAAAACUCCAGAACCUGUCAAGAGGAUUAUCUUACCGAGAAGGCAUUAUUUAGGAUUCUCAGCUCCUCCUCUGCUUCCUCCUAAAGCCCCUCCACUUCCCGGACCGGGUCAUUAUGACAUCGUGAGCUACACCGGACCUCCCAAACACCUCACGGCCAGCGCAGCGUUCGUGUCCAGCACACGUAGGGAGACGUACCACACCAGAGGACACGACUUCCCGGGGCCAGGGUCCUAUGAGCUAGAUGUCCCUACAAAGCGCUCAUUCCUAUACAAUCAUGCCAACAUGUGGAUACCAGCAUAGAGACGAGCUUUUAGGAGAAAGACAUUACAAAACUAAAUCAAAUCUUAUAUUGUUUGUAAUUUAUUUAGUGGCUUUUCACGUUCCGUAUUCAUAAGUGUUUACGAGGAAGAACAAACGGUGACUUGCUGAUUGACCAACUGACUGAGUAACUGAGUAACUGGGUAACUGACUGACCAACUAACGGAGUAACUGACUGACUAACUGAGUAACUGACUGACUGACUGACUGACUGACUGACCAACUAACUGAGUAACUGACUGACUGUGUAACUGACUGACCCACUAACUGAGUAACUGACUGACCAACUAACUGAGUAGGUGACUGACUGUGUAACUGACUGACCCACUAACUGAGUAACUGACUGACUAACUGAGUAACUGACCAACUAACCGAGUAAGUGACUGACUGAGUAACUGACUGACUGAGUAACUGACCAACUAACUGAGUAGGUGACUGACUGAGUAACUGACUGACUGAGUAACUGACUGACCCACUAACUGAGUAACUGACUGACUGACUGAGUAACUGACCAACUAACUGGGUAACUGACUGACUGAGUAACUGACUGACUGACUGAGUAACUGACUGACUGACUGAGUAACUGACUGACUGACUUACUGAGUAACUGACUGACUGAUGGUCUACCUGGCCAACUGACUAAAUCACAGACUAAUUGAGUAACUGAAUAACUGACUGAUGGACUGAUUGACUUACCCUGAAUAUGGUACUAUGUCAGAGAUGUGAAACAUUUCGCUGCCAGUUGUUCAUUUUCCAAUAUGUUAGAUUCAUCAUCCAUUACUGUGGAUGCAGAAAUUAGCCUGUUGCUAAGCAUAGACUAACAGCUGAAAGCCUGAGACUACUUUAAAUCUGUUCCUGCUUAACAGCUGAUCCUGGAUCAGUUAGACUGGGUUGUGGGUUGGUACGAGAGACGACUAACGCACUGAUUCUGGGUCAGUCGUGGAGCAGGUGGAGGAAUUGGAGCUCAAAGCCACAGCAACUGUCGAGGACUCACUGAGGGCGUGGGUGUGUGCUUCAAUGUGAGCAAUGUGGAAGGACGAAAAUCAACGCCACAUGACUUUAAAUACAAAUUUAGACAGUUCCCUGCUAUCAAAAGCCUCGAUGCUGCUGGAUGUUGUAACUGUAACGUCUAAUGCUGUGGGCGUUAAUCUCAUGACUUCCUCCUUUCCAGUGAUGACUCCUUGUUGCCAGUUUAACUCCAGAUCCUUAGAUCCUUCUCAGGGCUCUUACAACAGCGAGACACAUUUACGCAACAUCCACAAUCCAAAAAAUUUUUUUAACCUAGCAGUUGUCAGAUAUUUCUACAAAUUGAAUAAAACAGACCUGAUUCAGAUUUCUCACAGCUGUUAGUGCACGUCAUGGGUGAGAUCUGAUUCAGAGUCACGGCAGCUGUUACUCAAGGCCCUUCCUACAGUAGAACAGAUGCAGCAUGGGCCUGAGUAUCCAAACAGUCCUCACAGCAGAACGUGUGACACUUUCCAUACCAUAGAGAUGAAAAGAUCAUGUGUUUUAAACAGAUACAAAGACAGAUACAGUACACUCCUGGGCAAAAAAAAAAAAGCCCAAAUUGGCAAAUAUGAAGCUUUUAAUGGUCUUAGGAACAAAUUGUUGGUCAGAUAAUUAGCAAGAAUGAAACAGAUGCACUCCUGAGGCCUCCAUUUGCUCGUUUCCUUUUGCUGCAGUGAAUGAUUUGUUUGGGGAAAAGCUAGAAACAGGGAAAUUCACUUCUAUAGUCUUCUUGUACGCAAAGGUAAAAUUAUGAUAAUGAUUAAAAUGUUUAAUGUAAAAUUCAAACUAAUGCAAACUUAAUAUAAAAUAAAAUACAUUUAAAAAUAAUAAAAGAAAAAUAAAAAGCUGUCUGCAAGUUUACCCACAAGGCUUAAACAUUUAAAGAAAUCAAAGGGAAAAGCUAUCCCAUAGUAAGUUCCUUUAUCUAUUUGUUUAAUUCUUGCUAAUUUCCUGACUAAUGAUUUGUUGUUAAGACCAUUAAACGCUUAAUAUUUUGCUAUUUUGGGCUCGGCCCAUUUUUUUUUGCCCAGGAAUGUAUACAGUAGAAACAUUGGAGUGUCACCUGGACCCUUGUUUGAACCUGAAGUGACUUUAAUUUGACGCUUUUCAGCAAUCUUUUAAACUGAUUUCAUAACAUGCUUACGUGAGAACCCCAGAGCAGUGUUCGCUCUGUGACCGUCACGCCACAUCCUCAAUAUUCUCCACUGAAACAGAGCCUCUUUUCUCUCUGCACAGCUAUCAGACGGAAGUAGCAGGGUUUUGAUGCGAGUACGUAACGUUUACGUCACUAUGGUAGAUCCUCAGGCGUCUCAGCAGCACAGGUUUCCAUUCUUUAAUUCAUGACCAUCUAUUUUCAUCCCAGCAGCACCGGUGACAUCAGAGACGAGCUCAGCAGCUGACACCUUCGUGCCCUCGAGUUAUUUUCCGGUUAUCCAGUUCUGUCUUUUGCUGUGGAUUUCAUGUGAAUUCACCUCACCUCAGAGUAAACAGUAAUGCAUUCUGCAAGACUGCACAUUACUCAGAAAUCCCACAUGAUGUAUAACAUAAGUGUUUUUGCAUUAAGGAUUAGUAAUUGUAUUUUCAUUCAUUCAUGUCCGGUAAGAGCUUUAUCCUGGUCAGGAUCGCGAUGGAUCCGGAGCUAAUCCCGGGAAUGCUAGGUGUGAGGUCAGAGGAAACCAGAGAACCCAGAGGAAACCCAUAUGGACACUAUUAUCCACAAUUUAACACUCUAUACUUACUUUAUAUACAAUAUAAGAUGAAGUUAUAAAUGAUUGAAGGGUGACGACCCUCAAAAAGUGGGUGGUGCUGGUGGUGCUGAGGCCAAACGAAGUUGACCCGGGACAUAAAAAUAAAUAAAUAUAUAAUAAAUUACUGACUGUUGAAAACCACUGAAUCCAUUAGCUCCUGAUUUUAAAAUGGAAACUGUUUGGCGAAUACUUUUUGUUUUCCCUUUAAGCGGUGAAGUUCGCUGCUAUGUUGGGGAUACAGUCGUGUUCUUGUCCUGCAGUGUAAGAGUUUUCCUUAUUCACAUCUGCGAUGAUGUAAUCAGCUAUAAACUGGGCGCGAGUGCAGGGAAUCCCCAACUUUCAGUUUAUUCGAACAUCAAAUAGUGCUGAGGUCUGGUACUAUAAUUUGGUGGAAAUAUAAAUCACAGCAUGGCAUCAUGGUGAUGGUUCCUCUCUGCUUUCUUUAGCCUCUCUGACAUGAAAUAUAAGUCGAGACAAAAUUGCCCUUCGAGAUCUGUGCAUUUCUCCACCAGGCGUUCAUUUUCAGCUUUAAGUCAGUUAAAAGCCCUGUUCGGAUUGGAUUAGUUUAUCAGAGGGACAACCUUAAUACAUCUUUUACAUCUCCUCAGUGAUACAACGCUCACAUCUGGACUGCAAUAAAAUGCCCACAGGAGGAGCGAGUUUCUGAGAGGUUGUAUUUCAAACCAAAUGUUUGCGUCAUGUAGUCAUACGAGGCGCUGGAGUAGAGACGAGACGCCGGCUCUUAUUUCAGUUUGGGGAGAACCAAAGUUCUAGCAGCAAUUUGAAAAUACAAUAAAACAAUAACCACAAAGUAUAUAAGAAGCGUCCAUUUUUCAUUUCACCACUCAGGAAGUGUUUAAUAUCUGGGAGGGGGCACUUAUACGCUCGCUACGAGACUGAAUACGGCAAGCGGCAGCAGUUAAACAUCUUUUCUUUCCAACAUGAGGCAACGUCCGGCCGGAUGAGCGCUGAGGUUUGGUGAGAAACAGUAUGUAAUUCAGCCUGUAAUAUUCUCAGAGGAGGACGGAGAAAAACACCGACACGGCAAAUCCAGAUGGAAAUAAAGUCACAGAGGAGCAUCUGUAAAAUAGGAAAUUACCCAAGCACCCCUUGUACAGUUAAUCCCGUCCAAAUAGGGCUAAUAUCAGAUUGGAGUGAAGUGGUGAUGUCUGAGACCUGGAUCGCCGAGCGAUAAUGUUAGCAGCAUGUUUGUUGCAUGUGGAUCUCAAGGCAGAAAUGGUUUUCACAGCCGUGAGUUCCCGUCCGAGUUCAUCCGCCAUUUUCUCUAUUCAUAUAGCGCAUCAAUCAUUUCACAAAAGCCUCACAGAGAAGCUACAGCUCCGAGCACUGUGUUAUCUGCUCAGAGUUGUUCCGCUGAUCCUCCUCAUCGGAUCUCGCUCGAGGCUUGCUCUCAAACUCAGACUCAAAAUUUGUCGCAAAUCUGAGACCGCUGUUAAUAUUUAGGACGUGACAGAAGUGCUGGAGUGCGAAAUUUUUAACCAGACGUUGUAUUUCUGUUUAAAGUAGAACACAAAAUGCAGAAGUAUGCAUCAUAACCCACCGUCCUCCUACCGGAAGUCCUGUGGUGGUUUGUUUUUAUGUGUAGAUUAUUCAUACAUCUCAGACUCACUCUCAUAAAGCCAGAUGCUUAGGAUAAAGCAAUCGAAAAGAAAGGUCUGGAGUAUAAUGUUUUAAUUGCUUUACACCACAGAUAAAAGUGACUUCCUUUUUACAGCUCACUUUUUAUUUGCCACAUGGCGCCCAUCUUUGCCCAUCUGGUUUCUGCACUGUAGCUUUUUACACAAGCAUUUACACACCACUGGAGCUUGUUUAUAACCUCAUACUGUAAGGAAGUCUGUUAGAGACGCCGAGUCUGUUAGAGAGCUCCACAAAGCCGUUUCAGGCGACGACACUGUGUGAGAAUUUACACACACAGAUUGUACGAUGCUAAACUGGUGGCUAUACGCUUUCAUUACUUGUUAGCCUCAUUAGCCUGUGGUACGAAACUUCACACACCAAGCAUGCCUUUAUGUAUUAGGACUAUAUCUGAAGUGAAAGGGAAAUUUCUUUUUCUUUCUUUCUUUCUUUCUUUCUUUCGCUGAACUGCUCCCUGUCUGAGGAUUUGUAGUUUGACUACUUGCACUUUGACCCCACUGUUUUUUUUGUUUUGUUUUUUUUUUCCCAACAGAGACAUAUUGAUUUGUACCUUUAUUCAACACCAUUAUUUUGGUGACCUGCAAGUGCUAUGCAAAAUCAUCACUGAUAUUUAUUUUUCAUUUUUAAUGUGUGUAAUUGCACAAAGAACGAAGAACGAAGAAUAUUCCAGCGAUAACUCGUAUCCAGAAUAUAAUUUAUACAUCACAUCACAUCCAUGUAGUAUUACUUUUAAUACUUAGCCCUUAAACAGGCAUUUUUUUAGCAGCCUGAGCUUCAUUCAAUCAUAUUAUCAUAUUAUACAUGUAUAUACUGUAAUAUACUGAGUGUGUGUGUGUGUGUGUGUGUGAGUUUCACAUGAUCCGAUCUGGCCGUAAUCAUUUAAUCAGCCUUAACAGAAAGCUCCUCAGGUGCAGGAAAUGAUAAAAGCAUGUAAUUAUUAAUUAAGCUUGUAACUAUUUAUUCUUUUAUGAUUUUUUUCAGUGUAUGUAUCUGUGAAUAAAGAAAUCUCCUGAGACUCGCUGCUAGAUUAGCAGGAAUAAAGGGUUAAUUUUACAGAGUUGAGAAGUUCUGUAUUUUUGCUUACAGCAGGUUUUCCUAUACACUGAUAGCAGGGAUUAUUAUGUAUAAAAGAGUACAUAUUUUGAAGUAUAUUUUGCACAUUUUAUAGAAGAAACAACUGAUUUCACAGGAUUCACAUGAAAGCAGACUUCUGAAAUUAUGCUUUGGUUCUAAAUAAUUAUAAAUUAAUAUGUAAUUGCUAAUGUACAAGUGCAUAAAACUCUAAUAAUGCCUUAUAAG